GUGUAGUUUACUAUGGGGCCUGUGGGAAAUGUAGUUCUAAACCGGCGCUGUCAUCGUGGACUGAGGAUUUUCUGUCGUCUCAGUGCAGCCGUGACCUCGUGUCCCGGCGUUUCUGCUGACCUUCCGUGUCUGCACGCUGAGUUUGCAGCUGGAACUGUGCUCUUGCUUGUUCCACUUUGCAGCUGGAAGUGGACGUACGAAAUGUCGGCGAUCCCAACGAGCAGGAGGCAGGGGCCGGAGUCCCGAGGCAUUGCUUUUACCUCGGGUUGCUCAGCUCAGCGCUGGUGUCCCCGGAGCGUAGGGAGACAUUUCAUCCAAAUGAAGAGGAGGCCACAAAUGGCAUUGAUUCACACGGUGUCUAUUGCAUUGCUGAAGAAACUUGGCUUGCACUGCAGAUUUCAAAGUACCGGACGACCCACUGCUCCUCUUGGCUCCCGAAUUUUAUCUGAUCCCAGCCGAGUGUUUGAGCACAAUAUGUGGGAUCACAUGCAAUGGACUCCAGAGCAGGAAGCUCUUGCUAGACAAAAAGCUGAAGAAAAUUCUAGUGUUAAAGUCUCAAUAGAAGAACAAGUCAAAUACGAUAAAGAUGCCUGUAGCUACUGGAAUGAAUUCUACAGAGCUCACCAAAACAAAUUCUUCAAAGAUCGUAGAUGGUUGUUCAUGGAAUUUCCCGAGCUCCUGCCACACAGAACACACGAGUGUAAUGAAGUUGUCCUUGAACCGGAAAAGACUUCCAUAUUAUUUUCUGCCGUUUGCUCGCAGAUGCAAACAAAAUUGGACAGUGUUUACAAGACCUAUGCUGAACAGGCAGUUGAAACUGUGAGAAAGCAGAAUCUGCAGAGAACAAAUGAUGACAUGAACAUGGAGCAUAAAGGACAAGACUGGAAAUGGAUGGACAGACAAAAGAAUCAAGGAUAUUUUCCUGGUAUUGACUUCAAUUUCAAAAUAUUUGAGGUUGGAUGCGGUGCAGGAAACAGUGUUUUUCCUAUCUUGAGUAAAAUUCGAGAUUCCAGUACAUUCCUUUAUUGUUGUGAUUUUUCAACACAUGCCGUGCAUCUGGUGACGUGUCACCCUUUAUACAAUGCAUCCCAGUGUCAUGCCUUUGUUCAUGAUAUGUGUGAUGAAGCAACUUCCACUUACCCGUUUCCAGAUGGAAGUAUUGAUGUCAUUCUCCUUGUAUUUGUGCUUUCUUCUAUUCAUCCAGAAAGGAUGCAGAUGGUAAUAAAUAGAUUGAGCAAGUUACUCAAACCUGGAGGAAUGAUAUUGUUUCGGGAUUAUGGUAGAUAUGAUUUGUCUCAGCUUAGAUUGAAGAAAGUGACUCAGGUCAUGCGCAACUCCAUGACAAACGUCCCAGAAAAUCAUGACGAUUGUCGUUGUUUAUUUGGAAACUUUUAUGUACGAGGAGAUGGUACUCGUGUUUACUUCUUUACUAAUGAAGAGAUUGCACGUAUAUUCAUCUCGGCAGGUUUGAAAGAAGUUCAAAAUGUAAUGGAUCGACGACUCCAAGUUAACCGCAAAAAGAAAGUUGCAAUGCAUCGUGUUUGGGUGCAAUGCAAAUACCAAAAACCAUUCACAAAAGAUUUACAUUAAAGUUGCAGAUAUUUUUUAGAUUUCCUUAAAUUAA